AUCAGCUGUUGUUGUCAUGUUAAUAUGCAAAGGUUAGGCGCCACAUUAGUGCGGAUGGCAUUGCGACCCACUUUGGCGCAGCGAGCGCCCAAAUUGGCUCCAUCGUUUAUCAGAGUGCAGAGGAUGUGCACGGAUAGUGUUGUGUUCGAAGUGGAGACAACUGAGGACUUUACCGAAAAGGUUGUAAAUUCUCCCGCGCCCGUUGUAGUCGAUUUUCAUGCUGAUUGGUGUGGACCAUGUAGAGCAUUAGGACCACGCUUGGAAGAAAAGGUAAUGGGUAGGAACGGCGCAGUGCUUAUGGCCAAGAUUAAUGUCGACUCCGCCGGUGAAUUAGCAACGGAUUAUGGUGUCACCGCCGUUCCAACGGUGAUGUCGUUCAAGAAUGGUGAACGCAUAGGAAUGUUCACUGGAAUGGUAGAUGAUGACCAAAUUGACGAUUUCUUGGACGAAGUCAUCGAUUCUUAAAGUUCAUAUAAUCAUAAGAUUUGCUAAGCACUCUCACUUGUUAGAUUGCCAGGAGGAAUUUGAUUUCUAGUUCGUAGAAGAUUUGUUACGUUAAAAAUUGCUUGUUAUGCUAUAUCACUGUUACGUCCUCAACCAAAUGUUGUUAACUUAUUUAUCGGGUCGCCAUGUGUAUUCUCUCAAUUAUCCUCAGUAUAAAAUUCACUUCGUAU